AUGCUUUCACAACGACUUUCUUGUUUUAAAUUUAAUCCUUUUAUUAAUUUUCAUUGUGCUUUCUUCUCAUUAUCAUCAUCUCAUCAUGCUGCAAAACCCACAACGCCAGCAACACCUGUUGAUCCAGCUACUCCAACAGCACAAUCAGCUCAAUUAGCACAUAAUAAAACUAAAACUUCAUUAAGAGGUACGCCAUAUAAUAUUACUGAUAUUGAAACAUCUCUUCGUUAUAUGGAAAGUGAUGCAUAUAAAACUGUUUAUGGCAAUGAACCUGUAUGGAAAAAUUAUGUUCGAAAUCGAACAAAACAACGUUUUCCUCAUUAUACACGUGAUUUUUGUGUUGAAGAAGGUCUUUAUAUACGUGGAAACCCUUGUCCAGUAUGUCGUGAUGAAUAUCUUUUACUUGAUUAUCGUAAUAUAAAACUUUUAAAACAAUUUGUUAAUGAUCAUACAGGCGAAAUUGAACCUGUAUUAAAAACUUCCAUAUGUCAAGCACAAUUACGAAAUCUACGAGUUGCAUUACGUAAAGCUUAUGAUUUAGGUUUAAUGACAUAUGAAAUACCUUUUCGAACAUAUGAUUAUCGAGAUUAUUAUCCGGAAUUACGUGAUGAAAAAGAUCGCGCACCAUCACUUUUAAUGACAAUACUUCAUGCAGUACAAGAUCAAAAAUUAACAAAUCUUGAUCAAUUAACAUUAACUGAUGAACAACUUCGUGCAACGUAA